UUUGGUAAUUAUAUUUCCUUCCAAUUUCUUCAGGUCCAAUCUUAAGAAUAAGUAUAUUUAGGAGUAAUAGUAAUCAUGUCUUCAGAAGGAGUUUUUUCAGUUGGUAAAAAGUUUUAUUCUGAUUAUGUUGCCACCACAUCACAAAGGCUGAAGCUGAUUGACUGUUACCUUGCUUACAUUCUUGUGACUGGAGUGCUACAGUUUCUCUACUGCGCUCUAGUGGGGACGUUCCCAUUCAACUCUUUUCUUUCUGGAUUCAUCUCUUGUGUUGCAUCAUUUGUUCUGGCAGUGAAUCUGAGGCUCCAAGUGAACCCCGCCAAUAGGAAGGAUUUCAAUAACAUCGCACCACAGAGAGCUUUUGCUGAUUUUCUCUUCGCACACGCUGUUCUGCAUCUUGUUGUCGUUAAUUUCAUUGGAUAAGUUUUAUAAUGGUGCUGUUGGUAUGUGGACUCGUAAUGAAGCAUAAAGAAAAUGAAUUCUAUUUGUUAUUUGACCAAAUUUUUAAUGGCUUAGACAUAUUGCAAUAAAACGUUAUCUCAUGCUCAA